UCCUCGAUGCUGCCAGAUCUACUGGCGCCACCUUGGCUGGACUCUGAGCUGCCCACGGGACUCCCCGCCCGGCAGGAGACGAGGACCCCGGAGUGCCUUAGACCCGGUAGCAGGUCCUUCUGGUCCUCAUACCAGGACUCAGUCACUGCCCUGUGCUUCCUCCAAGAGAGAGCAGACAGGCUGGCUCAGCCCCCAGCCCAGGACACCCAGGCCUGGGAGCCCUGCUGGGAGCCCAUGGCCCUGGGGAUUCUGGGCCCCCUGCCUCGGGCCAGGGAUUGCAAGAAUAUGCCGACCCCAAUCAGCCAGAAGUGCCACAGCCUGGAGCCCCCGGGGACUCCCCCAGCCCCACACCAGAGAAGGCCCCGGAAGCAGCUGAACCCCUGCCAAGGCAGCGAGAAAGUGGACCCCAGGUUCGAGGGGGUGACUCUGAAGUUUCAUAUAAAGCCGGAUUCCAGCCUACAGAUCAUACCCAUAUACAGCCUGGCCAGUAGCAGCCGUUCUCAGACACCCCCCGCAGGCCCUGCCGGGGACCCUGCAGCCCAUCCUGAAGGCAGCGAGGCCCUGGCCCAUCCUGAAGGCAGCGAGGCCCUGGGUCCCCGGCGCUGUGCCUCCUGUAGGACCCAGAGAACCCCACUCUGGAGAGAUGCUGAAGAUGGGACCCCUCUCUGCAAUGCCUGUGGUAUCAGGUACAAGAAAUACGGCACCCGCUGCUCCAGCUGCUGGCUGGUGCCCAGGAAAAGUGUCCAGCCCAAGAGACUUUGUGGCAGAUGCGGGUUGUCCUUGGACCCUCACCAAGGCCCAGCUCAGGAAGGGUAAGCCCUUCUUCACCCAGCCAAACCAGUUCUGCUUCAGUUUCUCCAGGCAGAGAACGGACAGAAGCCCUCCUAGGAAGAGUGGGAAUCAGCCUGCCUCCUCUCUCCCACCUCCCCAUUUAGGGGUCCCAGCUGGGAGACCCAGCUCUCAGGCCCCAGAACCCCUGUCUCGGGGGCUCACCAGUCCCCUGCUUGGCCCCUUCUUCAGUCAGGCUUGGCUGAACCCCCUUCCGGAAAUGCUCUCAGAAGUGGUAAACGUAUUGUAACAACAAUAACAAUAAAGAACUGCCCAGAGAGAAA